ACAAUCGAUAACUUUCUAUCGACUUCUUGACAGCUUGUAAAUGAAAAUAAAAUUGCAAACCGGCAUAAAAGUCUGCAAAUUAGCGAAAUAAUGUCCUUUCACCUGAGCACCAAGGAGCGCCUGCUCCUCCUAAUCGACGACAUCGAGAUAAUAGCCAAGGAGCUGAUCGAGCAGGCCCACCAGAAGGUAUCCAGUACAGAGUUGGUGGAUCUGUUGGACUUGCUGGUGGCCAAAGAUGAGGAGUUUCGGAAAAUGCUAGAGCUGGCGGAAGAGCAGGCCAAAGUGGAGGAGGCCAUGGACAAGUUGCGGGCCAAGGUGGAGGUGCAUGACCGUGAAAUACAGAAGCUACAAAAGUCACUGAAGGAUGCCGAGCUCAUCCUAUCCACAGCCAUAUUCCAGGCUCGCCAGAAGCUGGCCAGCAUAAAUCAGGCCAACAAGCGACCGGUUUCCUCCGAGGAGCUAAUCAAGUAUGCCCAUCGGAUUAGUUCCGCAAAUGCGGUCAGUGCUCCCUUAACCUGGUGCAUUGGAGACCUACGACGACCAUAUCCCACGGACAUUGAGAUGAGAAACGGUCUGCUGGGCAAAUCCGAGCAGAAUAUCAAUGGAGGACCUGCCACGCAUCAAAACAGUGGGAUUCCCUCCGAGCAGCAACGAUCUCUGUCCGGCAGCGCUGGUAGCGGCAGUGGUAGUGGGGCGGGCGGCGAAGUGCCGAAUGCCUUCCAAAAUCAAUUCAACUGGAAUCUUGGUGAACUACACAUGACCAUGGGCGCAUCGGGGAACACUGUGGCCCUGGAAACUCGGGCCCAGGACGAUGUGGAGGUCAUGUCCACCGACAGCUCCAGCUCUAGUUCCAGCGACUCGCAGUAGAAUAUAAUCUAUUAUAAGCUAGACAAUAAUUAAAAGCAUAAUUCGUACA